AUGCCUGCGCCGUUUCAAACACCACCAAGCAAACCCGCAAAUGCUUCUACAGGGUUACUCGGUGAAGGUUACAACACAGAUGCCCAAAUGGCACAGACCACUCCCGGAGGACCGCCUCAGGAGUAUAUACCUCCAGAGCAGCGUGACGACCCACGUCUACCUCGAAGCGUUCAGGCUAUCUACCUUAAACCUCUGAAGCGGCGCGCACAAUACGGCGUGCCCACCUGCGAUCUGCAAUUACGGUCUUACAAUGUACGAAACGUGGAAUUCUUUGCUGACUUUGCCCUUCGGGCUGCCUAUUAUCUCCAUCUACCUGCUGCUGGGCCAAUCCCUUUACCGCGCAUCACGGAACGGUGGACAGUGCCUCGGAGUAAUUUCAUCUUCAAGAAAAGCCAAGAGAAUUUCGAAAGGAUCACCCUUCGGCGACUGAUCCAGAUACAAGAUGGGCAUUCAGAAACCGUGGAGAUUUGGCUAGCUUUCUUGAGGAAACAUGCAUACUACGGUGUUGGUAUGAAGGCCAACGUUUGGCAGCAUGAAAAGCUCGGUAGGUGUUGUGCUCUCUCCCCAAUGGUCCCAAUGCUGAAAUCAAUUCUAGGGGUAGGGAAAACCAUGGAUGUUAGUCUGGAGAACUUGAAGCAGGCGAUGGAGCCGAAAUGGGCGCACUUCGGUAGGCGAAAAACUCUUGAGACUUCCGAGAGAGCUUUUGAGAUGAUGAAGAGCGAAGCCUUCCAGCGAACAGGGAUUCCGCUGCCGAGCAGUGCUUGA